AUGGAGGCGCUGUGUGCAGAGGUGUGCGGGGUGGAGGCGCUGGGUGCAGAGGUGUGCGGGGUGGAGGCGCUGUGUGCAGAGGUGUGCGGGGUGGAGGCACUAUGUGCAGAGGUGUGCGGGGUGGAGGCGCUGGGUGCAGAGGUGUGCGGGGUGGAGGCGCUGUGUGCAGAGGUGUGCGGGGUGGAGGCGCUGUGUGCAGAGGUGUGCGUGGUGGAGGCGCUGUGUGCAGAGGUGUGCGGGGUGGAGGCGCUGUGUGCAGAGGUGUGCGGGGUGGAGGCGCUGUGUGCAGAGGUGUGCGGGGUGGAGGCGCUGUGUGCAGAGGUGUGCGGGGUGGAGGCACUAUGUGCAGAGGUGUGCGGGGUGGAGGCGCUGGGUGCAGAGGUGUGCGGGGUGGAGGCGCUGGGUGCAGAGGUGUGCGGGGUGGAGGCGCUGUGUGCAGAGGUGUGUGGGGUGGAGGCGCUGGGUGCAGAGGUGUGCGGGGUGGAGGCGCUGGGUGCAGAGGUGUGCGGGGUGGAGGCGCUGUGUGCAGAGGUGUGCGGGGUGGAGGCGCUGUGUGCAGAGGUGUGCGGGGUGGAGGCGCUGUGUGCAGAGGUGUGCGGGGUGGAGGCGCUGGGUGAGGAGAGUCACUAG